ACCAACGAACACUGCUCCAUCUGCCCCCACACCGUCACACUUGUCCCGCUGCCGGAAAUUCCACACAUUCCUUCAUUCUGAUCUCUGGAAGAUUUUCUUGCGCUAAUUUUUGUUCCAGUAGAUAGGUGUAGGACUGUAGGUUAGUGGUCCUGCUGGCGGGGGAUAGGGGGAGAAAAAGGGAGGCCAGGGCAGGGCCAUGGCAGUUCCACUUCACUUUUAAAGGAAGGAUUUUCCCCUCAAUUCAUUGUGUAACUGACGCCUCCAUUCCACAGUUUCUUUCUUCCCAUGCCCUCCGCCGAUAGCGAAAGCGUUAGACCAGAGAGACAGGUGUUUCUUGUUCACCUGUUCACGUCGCCGAUUUGGUUGGCAGACUGAGUGAUCUGUAAGCAAAAGACCGCUCCUACCGAUCACCCUCAAAAUCCACCCACAAAAAGAUCGAAAGCGAAACCCUGCUCUGUUUUGGCGCAAUUGCAAGGAUUCUCCCUUUCCUUUCCUUUCCUUUCCUUUCCUUUCCUUCCUCCUCCUUUUGUUGUUGUUUCCUGAGAGGGGAGAGUGAAAACUGAAGAGGGUUCUGCCACAAAUCUUGGAUGAACAAGUAUGCAAUGAGCGGCGGCGGAAUCGUCGGACAUGGAGCGCCGGAGCUGGCUAUGGAGAAGGAAGUCCUCCCCAACUCUGCCCCCAGAUUUCUCUGACGCCGGCUCGCUUGGGUCGCUCUCUGAACGCUUCUCCGAUGAUCAUCAUCAGGCAUCGUAUUCGUCAACUCCAACUCGAACACCCACUCGUCGUUCUUCUGCUGCUGCUGCUGCUCCUGCUCAAUCGGACGUUCCUGAUGAACAAGUGGAUAAUUAUGAUGGCGAUCUCAAGGCGCUCAGAGACAAACUUUCUGCUGCUCUUCUCAACCUUAGGGCCAAGGACGAUUUGGUCACUCAGCAUGCCAAAGUCGCUGAAGAGGCUGUCUCUGGGUGGGAGAAAGCUGAGAAGGAAGUGGUUAAUUUAAAGCAGCAACUGGAGAAUACAACUAAGAAGAACACAGGACUCGAGGAUCGAGUUGGUCAUCUCGAUGCAGCGCUCAAAGAAUGCAUGAGGCAACUACGUUUAGCAAGAGAGGAUCAAGAACGAAGGAUAUCUGAGGCUCUUGCAAACACCACUCGUGAAUGGGAGUCCACGAAGUCCGAGCUCGAUUCCCAGAUCUCUCAACUGCAACAUGAACUUCAGGCUGCCAAGGGUGAGGCAGCUGCUACAACAUCGUCACUCGAUUCCGAGUUUCGAGCUAAGAUGGAGAGUUUAGAGAAAGAGAACUCUUCCCUCAAGCUGACACUUCUCUCUCGAGCUGAGGAAUUGGAGAUGAAGAUUAUGGAAAGAGACCUCAGCUGUCAAGCUGCUGAAACUGCUAGCAAACAGCAAUUGGAUGCCAUUAAGAAAGUAGCUAGGCUUGAAGCUGAGUGCCGCAGGAUGAAGGCUAUGGCGGCUCGAAAGGCUUCUCCUUCAUCAAUCUAUGUCGAGUCCUUCACCGAAGACAGCCAGUCGGAUAGUGGUGAGAGGCUACUAGAGAUGGUGGAGUGUGACUCACAGAAAGUGAAUGGCUUGGAAAUGAAUGAACUCGAGCCAAGUUCUUCAGGUUCAUGGGAGCCUGAUGGUUUCAAAAAUCGGAAAAGUACUGGAAGAAACCAGCUCAUGCUGUUGCCUUCUCCAGAGAUCAAUCUCAUGGAUGAUUUUCUGGAGAUGGAAAGACUUGCUGCUUUGGCUGACACGGAUAGUGGUGGAAGCUCUUUUCAUGAGGCAGGCGGACCAGUAUCCGAACGAAGCAACAGCAUUGAGAGUCAAUGGAGAGCUGAACAUGCGGCCGUGAUUAAUCAGAAGACUACUGAUCUAGAGGAAAAGUUGGAAAAGGUUGAAGGCGAAAAGGUCAAGUUGGAGUCUGCUUUGAAUGAGUGCCAGAGUCAGCUAGCCAUCUUAAAAACUCAGCUGAAGGAAGCGAAUGAGAAGUUCUCGGUACUUCAAGCUGAGUUAGCUCAUUCGAAUGAGACAACAAAAGCCAGAGAAGAGGAGCUUAAGGGUGUUCUGGUGAUGAAAGAAGUUGCAGAGUCACAGCUUAGAACUUCUGAGGAGGAGAUUGGAACCUUGCUUUCUAAAGUUGAUUCAUUAACAGCAGAGGUUGAAAAGGGGCAUGCUUCAGCAGCUGACAAUGAAAAGAAGUGUCUCGACUUGGAGAACAAGCUUCACGAAAUGAAACUUGAAUCUGAACUCCUUCAAAAAGCUGACCUCAAGCGGAUUACAAGCUUUAAUGAAGAGUUGAAGGUAAAACAGGAGAGAGAGCUAGCAGCUGCAGCUGCUAAGUUUGCAGAGUGCAAGAAGACAAUCUCAUCUCUGGGUCUUCAGCUAAAGUCUCUUGCAACUAUGGAAGAAGACUUGCUAGUUAUGUAGUGCAGUGCAGGAUUCCAAAAUGUCGAAUAACGAAACAGAGAUUGUUUUGGUCGCGGGGUAGUGAAAAUUCGAGGGUGAGAUGGAGAUUUGCAUGAGGGAGAGAUGGAAAUUGCAUGGCGUUGGAUAUUUGCAGCUUGGUAUUGCACAUACAGAGCUAAUAGGUUAGCAUGUAAAUGUUGGUAUUGGAUUUGGUGGUUAUGACAAUAAUAAAACGAAAGCGAGAAAGCAAAAAAAAUGGGAUGGCAUUUUGGCAUUGCUACCAAUUCUGGG